AUGACUGGCAAUUUUUCGCAAAAGAAAGAAAUAAAAGGCAUCAAAAGUCAAUAUGAAGACUUGCCUACGAGUCAAAAGAAGCGUGGAUGCAGAGAGCAGCAAGAUUUAUACAGAAAGGAUGUGCCUCCAACUAACGGCAUGGCUCCAAUGAGCUCAGCGAAUAAUUUACGAUUGGCAAAAGAUGUACCAACGAACGACGGACCAAAUAUUUUUGAUGAUGAUGAUAAUAAGUGUACUUGUAAGACAUCAGAAAUUGACACUCCACACAAUAAGAAUGUAAAAUAUAGAAAUAGGCACAAUACAUUCGGACAGUUUGAUCGUCUACUUGAUUUUAUUUUGUAUAGUGAUGGUUAUACGGAAUAA